AUGCACUGUGUCCCUCGGACACAGCGGAUCAUCGAUCACGGAAAGAGCCCGAGAUGUCGGCUCGGUCAUGUGAUCAGCUGUGUUCAAUCACAGCUGAUCACACUGAUCAUCAGGGCACUGAUGAUCAAUGUGCCCUGAUGAUCAGUGUAGCCCCAGCAGUGCCAGCUGUCAGUGUCCAUCAGUGCCACAUCAAUGCCACAUAUCAGUGCCUACCAGUGCACAUCAAUGCCACACAUCAGUGCCCAUCUGAGCUGCCUUUCAGUGUCACCCAUCAGUGCCAGUCAGUGCCACCUAUUAGUGCCAGUCAGUGCCGCCUAUCAGUGCUGCCUUUCAGUGCCCAUCAGUGAUG